CGGCGCAGACGUGGUUGACUAGCUGUACAAAACUUCUAAUAGAUGGCAGCACGUUGAUCGAGUGAAACUUUUAAAAGGAGUUUUUGCCCUAGGGAAUAAUUUACCGAUAUGGAGGACAUGGACUUGGACUUCGACAUAGGACAAGAUCCCGUACAACAGUUUUUGUUACACAAAUUAAACGAGAUUAAAUUAAACAAUGAAGAGUUAGAACGACAGAUAAACAGACGAAAGGACCUGAUAACCGCAUGCUUAGAAAAAGUGAGCUCGGACACGACUCAACACUUCUUGAAAGUUGCGGACGUCUGGCAGAAGACGUGGAACGGAAAAUGGAUUAUCGGGAUCGAAGUGGCAAGCUCUGGUACUAUUGGGACAGCGAAGAACGUUUGUGCGACAUUACAAUGGGAUCUGCCUGCGUCUCUCACUUACAAGACCAACAUAUUUUGCCGUUACACACAGCAUCAACGAGAUUCUCAACUAUCUCAUUCUCUUAAAACUAUUGUCACUAGUUUGGAGCAAAGGAAAACUGAUACUAAAGGCCACAUAGAAAACGAAUGGAUCAAAACGGCGGAAAUUACCAAAUUUGCUAUUAUCGUUAUAUCCUUUGCCAUUCCCGAUUUGGUGGAUCAAUCGAAAUUUAAAAUCGGUGGCGUUGUAUCUUACGAAUAUAACUCGAAGUGCUUUCAAUUAGCUCUCUCCCCCAUCGAUAUUUCAGUUAGCGAUCUUACAGAUAGCAAAUAUGGAAUAAAAAAAUUGGACAUACUUACUGGAGACGUCCGAGCGUAUCUGACAAUCAUGUCUUCCAGUAGAGAAACCUCUCUGGCUGUAAAGUGCACUCAAAGUAAUACCAAUAUCGAAAAUUUGCUAGAAUUCGAGUGUCGUUUUAAAAGGGCUAAGGUCUUAUCAAAGUCAAUACGCGUCUUUCUGGUCGACGAUGUUUGUGAUGCGCUUAACGGCGCUUUAAUUACGCUCGAGAAGGGGAGAGAUUUGUUGCAUAAUCUUGUAAUCUACAGCAGGGACGUUAAUAGUUGCGAUCUUACGCUGCAUUACAUUUAUGCGCACAUACCCGAUCUUUUGCUCCUUCCUAAAAGUAAGGAACGUGUUUUAUUAGAAGAAAACUCUCGAACAUCGCAAUCGGAAAUUGUGCAGCAACAACUCAGGAAGUUUGGUACGGCGAUGGAAGCACAGCUGCUGUUAAUCCAACAAUUUUGCGAUGACCAAACGGAAAAAGUGCCUUUAGCUAUGCUUACAGAGGGGGAUGUUAUUGAUUUCAAUAUAAACCUUACAAAUUAUCAAGCGUUUAGAGAUCAACUUUCAGUCUUGGAGCAGGAAGCUGAUUUACUAUACAAUUCAUUUAGUAAACCAACGCCAUUAAUUGACAAAGAAGAUUCAGCGUAAUUAAUAGUGUAGUUCUUCUUGACUAAUAAAAGUAAUUAUUUUUAUCUUA